AUGAGCGACGAGAGCCUGUUCCGCUCGGCGGCCAUGUCGCUGGUCCAGGUGUACAUUCCGACGGAGAGUGUGCACGAGACGGUGCAUGAGCUGGGCGAGCUGGGCCAUGUGCAGUUUCGCGACUUGAAUCCGGACGUGACGCCGUUCCAGCGGACGUUUGUGGCCGAGAUCCGGCGGCUGGACGAGAUGGAGCGGCGUCUGCAGUUCUUGCAGACGCAGCUGGAGCGCGAGGCGAUGCCAGCGCGGCCGUUGGAGCGUGCGAUCCCGUUCCUCGCCGCGGACGAGGGGCAGAGUGGGCCGAUGCGCCUCGAGGAGCUCGCGCGGCGGCUCCAGGAGCACGAGUCGCGCGUGGCGCAGAUGAACGGGAGUCACGACGCGCUGCAGCGGCGGCUGCUGGAGCUGGAAGAGGCGAAGCAUGUGAUUCACGAGACCGAGGCGUUUUUCCAGCAGGCCGAGACGCAGCCGGCGGAAGCGUCGUCGGCCGUGCGGGUGAGUAUGGACGAGGACGUGCACGACGAGGCGCCGCUGUUGACGCAGCAGGGCGCGGGCGUGCGUGGCAUGGAUGCGCCGGGCCCCGUGGACGUCGAGUUUGUGGCGGGCACGGUGGAGCGGUCGCAGAUGGCGACGCUCGAGCGGGUCUUGUGGCGGGCGCUGCGCGGCAACUUGUACAUGAACUAUGCCGAGAUCCAGCAGGCGCUGGAGGACCCGUCGCGCGAGGAGCCUGUGUAUAAGAAUGUGUUUGUGAUCUUUGCGCACGGCGCGGCGGUGCUGAGCAAGAUCCGCAAGAUAUGUGAGUCGAUGGGCGGCACGCUGUACCCGGUGGCGAGUGAUCCGCUGCAGUGCCGCGAGCACCUGCGGCAGGUGCUGGAGCGGAUCGAGGACCAUGAGAAUAUCCUGUACUCGACGAACGCGGCGCGGCGGGCUGAGCUCGUGCGUGUCGCCGAGUCGAUUCGCGCGUGGGACGACCUCGUGCGUCGCGAGAAGCUGAUUUUCGGCACGAUGAACCUGUUCCGCACGGACGUGAGCCGCAAGACGAUGGUCGCCGAGGGGUGGGUGCCGAGCGCGGCGCUGCCGAGCGUGCAGCUCGCGCUGCGCCGCGCGACCGAGACGACCGGCGCGCAUGUGUCGUCGGUGAUGCAGACGAUGCGGACGAAGGAGACGCCGCCGACGUACCAGCGGACGAACAAGGUGACGGAGGGCUUCCAGGCGAUCAUUGACGCGUACGGCUAUGCGCGGUACCAGGAGGUGAAUCCGGGCCUGUUUACGGUGAUCACGUUUCCGUUCAUGUUCGCCGUCAUGUUUGGCGACGUGGGCCAUGGCCUGCUCAUGUCGCUCAUGGCGGGCGCGAUGGUGCUGUAUGAGCGCCGGCUGCUGCGCACGCGGCUCGACGAGAUCACGUCGAUGUUCUUCUAUGGCCGCUACAUGAUCCUGGGCAUGGGCCUGUUCUCGAUGUUCACGGGCCUCGUGUACAACGACGUGUUUAGCCGCAGCAUGCAUCUCUUCCGCUCCGGCUGGACGUGGCCGCGUGGCACGGGCACGCUGACGGCGGAGCCGACGGGGCACACGUACGCGCUCGGCCUCGAUCCCAGCUGGCACGGCGCGGACAAUGCGCUCGUGUUCACAAACUCGUUCAAGAUGAAGCUGUCGAUCGUGCUGGGCGUCGUGCACAUGACAUUUGCGCUGCUGCUGAAUGUGCCGAACCACAUCCACUUCCAGCGCCGCCUGUUUAUCUGGGCGGAGCUCGUGCCGCAGCUCCUGUUCCUCGAGGCGCUGUUUGGAUACCUCGUGAUCACGAUCGUGUACAAGUGGUCGGUCGACUGGUACGCGCUGGACGCACAUGGCGCGCCGCUGCACAACGCGCCGCCGGGUCUGCUCAACAUGCUCAUUUACAUGUUCCUGCAGCCGGGCCAGGUGGCGCCGGAGCAGCAGCUGUACCGCGGGCAGGCGACGGUGCAGACGCUGCUGCUGCUCGUCGCGCUCGUGUGUGUGCCGUGGAUGCUCGUGGCGAAGCCGUACUUUUUGUACCGCGAGCACAAGGAGCGCGAGGGCGCGGGCUACCAUGCGGUCGGCUCGGCGCGCGGCGAGGAGCGCGUGCGCGACGUCGACGCGGCGGAGCAGGAGCUCGCGGACGAGUUUUUGGAGGAGGAGGAGGAGGAGGCGGACGGCGAGUCGUUCGAGCUCGGCGAGGUCGUGAUUCACCAGGUGAUCCACACGAUCGAGUUCUGCCUCGGCUGCGUGUCGAACACGGCCUCGUACCUGCGUCUGUGGGCGCUCUCGCUCGCGCACGCCCAGCUGUCGCAGGUGCUGUGGGACAUGACGAUCCGCCCGGUGUUUGGCAUGACGGGCGUCGCGGGCGUCGCAGCGACGGUCGUGGCGUUUGCGCUGUGGUUCGUGCUCACGAUCGGCAUUCUGUGCGUCAUGGAAGGCCUCUCGGCGUUCCUGCACGCCCUGCGUCUGCACUGGGUCGAGGGCGGCUCGAAGCACUACAUGGCCGACGGCGUGCCGUUCGAGCCGCUCUCGCUGGCGGCGCCGUAG